GGUAUGGACCCACCGCAGGCGCGGCUUUGACGAACCACCCUCGUGUUGACAAAAUUGCCUUUACAGGGUCUACUGAGGUCGGACGUAUAAUAAUGAACAAUGCUGCAGCAACGAAUUUAAAGAGAAUAACUCUUGAGCUCGGUGGAAAGAGCCCCUUAGUCGUUUUCAAUGACGCUGACGUGGACACUGCCGCUCAAAUUGCCCAUCGCGCUGCUUUCGCUAAUGCCGGACAAUGCUGUGUUGCGGGCACUAGGACUUAUGUACAGUCUGGCAUCUACGAUAAGUUCAUUGCAAAAGCAGCAGAAAUAGCAAAGAACAGAACUGUCGGUAACCCUUACGAAGACGUACAACAAGGACCACAAAUCGACUUGGACAUGUUUAACAAAGUGAUGGGCUACAUAGAAGUGGGCAAGGAGUCCGGUGCGCGCUGCAUCGCGGGCGGCAAGCGG